AUGAUUCUCUUUUUUAAAACUAAUCAUCAAAAUGCAAAUAUCUAUAUAGCAAUUGUAUUAUUUAAUAUUAAUUAUAUGCAAAACACAAACCUAAUACUGCAAGCAAAGAAUAUCCUUGGCUUUGAAUACAAUCCUGAAGAUCCAGGUCUUCAAGGUAGCUUAUUUGAAAGAAUUAUUAAAGAGUAUCCAGAUCUACCAGACGGAAAACAAUCAUUAAGAAUUGAUCUUUCUAGAUACUUAGUUUUGCUUUACUCACAGUUCACAAUCAGAUGUGAACCUGAAUUAUCUCAGGCUGAACAAUUUCAAUGUUUAAGAUUCCUUGCAAGGGUUAAUGAAAGGAUUGAAUAUGGCAAUUUUGAAAUGAAUUAUAAUGAACGCCUAUUUAGAUACAAAACAAGCCAAUCUUUUCCUGGAGUAAGAGACGCGAGCCCUGCUAUUGCUUAUAUGGCAACUCUACAUGAAAAAUUAAUCAGGCAACUCUUCAAAGUUAAUAUAAGAGAGCUGGAUGACGACGAUUAUUUUAAUCGCCAAGUAGAUGCUGUCCUUUCUACAGAAAAUAAGUAA